AGUGAACUGUGAGUAAAAUUUUAGAGAUUUCUGUUAAAGUUUCCUUUUAGUUGACUAUUGUGAACGUGCUACUUUCAUUCUUUUCUUACUCGAAGGGUUAAUAUUAUAAAUGGCAACGUUUGUGUUAAUUUCUAUGGAAAUUAUUUAUUGGAGUUUCGGGUAGUCGCGAUAUACCGGAAAUGAAUCCUUUUGCUUCACGUCGGUAAGGCAGUUCAAACAAGUUUUAUUAUAAGUAUUGUUUUGAAAUGAUACAAAUAGCAGAAAAGCACACCAAAUUCGCCAGUAACAACUUAACCUUUCUUGUUAAACAUAUAUUUAAUUUAAAUAUAAGAUCUAGCGAAAAAAGUGCAUUAUUUUACAAUAGAUGGAUUCAGUAAUCUGUAAAAAUUGGGUCACUUACGACCACUUCAAUCCCAAACACGACCGUGAAACGCUAAGAACUAAGGCAGUCCAGAUAUUGAUGCACGCAGUGUUUUACAUUAAACGAUCGGCUUUCGUCUUAAAACCUAUUCUCUGUUAAACUUAAAAGCCAUUCGCAUGUUGAAGCUCGUUCUGGUAAGGCAUUUGAGCUAUUUUGGUGAUUAGACACUGCUAAGUAAGCAAUAAAAUUAAAAAAAAUAUUAUAAUAUACGUUAAUGAUUUUUGCAAUAAGAUAAGCAUUGAAUUACUGAGAAAUGUUUUGAUUGUAAGUGCAACACGGAGAUAGGCAUACAUAUGUAUACUUACAGAAAUUUCAGCGCAGUAAGAGAAGCAAUAUAGUUUUUAAAUGAUUACCUAAAUUUAAUUUGCAUAUAACUGCUACGGAAUAAACAUCCACGCAACAGCGCUUAUCAAUUCAACAAAAAAGUUGGUAAGCGGACUUCAGGCACGGCAAGUAAAGUGUUUUCGGGUUCACAGAAAUAAUAUAAGUAUAUUUUGGAUACGACUGAACUCGAUCUAUUUGGAAAAACUUGCGGAAGGACAUUCAAAUAACUGCAACAAUGUGCCAACUGAUGCGUUUGCUAUUAAUCUGCCUGAUUGGCUUGGGAUUUUUGAAACUGUCGCCGGCUCAAGUAACCCAAGAUAACAUAAGCGAAAGCAUACGUUCACUAAUUUAUUCCUACAACCAAUUAGAUAAUAAAUUGGAGCGUCACGAACAUCGCGAAAGAGGGCUUGGUGAAUUAAUUAAGAAAUCUUUAUUGUCUUUACAAAGAGGGCAAGAACGACUAUAUUCACAGUCACAUUUCGAUGAGCGUAUUAGCUCAAUUGAACAUUCGUUAAUAGUGCAAGAAAGAUUUUUCAGCCGCAUUGAACAAUUCUUUACGGAACAAGACAAAAAAAAUCAACAACUACUCGACAAAUUGACGAAAUUGUCUUUGAAUGUAGAGAAAUUGUUAGAUAACUCCAAUGAUAUGAUAAAACCAAGUCAAGGGUCUUACAGUAGUAAUCCAUAUCCUGAACAAAUAUUAUUGCCACACAUUACCUUAAACGAUAUGCUGAAAUCUUAUGAAGUGUCUAACAGUAGCAAUCCAACCGCGCAACAGCUGCCGCCCGAUAGCAACCUAUUACAACAUAUUCAACGGCUUUGUGCGCAACCUAAACCACAAGACGGUCUCACGAACGCAGAUAAGGAAUUUUUACAAGAGUUGGCUAAUAAUACAUACAACCUUCUUUAUAAUGAGAAUACCAAUGUGCAGAAUAUGGUACAAAAAUCACAAACUGAAACCACGUUACGCCUUCAAGAAGUCGAGCAGAGUGUACAUUCCGAUGCUGCGGAAAUUUUGAAAAGGCUCAACAUCCACGAAAUUUCAGUGCAUCAAUUCCAUAGCGAAAUGAUUAGCAGUUACAAUAAGGUAAAUGAUAGCUUUGAAAAUUUAAGCAAGUGCCAAAGCUUUUCAAAGCCACUCACACAAGAUAUGGAUAGUAUAGUAACUCAUAAACAGCCAGCGCAAUUGCUUGAUUUUCUGAAGACACAUUUCGACACAGUCCAGAAAAACAUGACAAGCAUUCAACUUGAAGUGGUGACAAGUCUCAGCUCCACCAUUAAAAAUGAAAUUAGUUAUUUAUGGCGUCAAAUUUCCAUUACGAAUGGCGAGAUAAACGAUAGCAGAGAUUUACUACGGUUAAUGCGAGAGCGGAAUGAAAUUUUCGUCAACAGUAUUUUGCAAAGCUUAGCUGCUAUGACCAAUAAAAUGGAGGGUAUGAAAGAAAGUAUAAUGGAUAUGAGUGAUAACCAAAAUUAUUUGUCAAACAAAUUACCUUUGAUGCCUCAAGAAUUUGCCGACAUGCAACAAGCUUUCAUCGGUUGGCUAGAACAGCUAAGUAAGAUCAUCAAAAUAUUGCAAGAAAAGAAGGGGAUGGCGUCGAAAAAUUUUUGAAGUUAAAAUUAUUUCGAAGCAAUUCGAAUAGCUUAAUUUAAUAAUAUAUUUAUAUUAUCGGAUAUAGUCGUUACUGGGAGUGACGCAAUUUAAAAGUAUUUAUAUAUACAUAAAAUAUAAAUAUUGAGACGUAUAGAACAAUUUGGGGAAAUUGUUUACAUUAGCUUUCAAACUGUUAUAUCAACUACUUUGAAGCAUUGUACAUAUCUCGAUAAUGCAGUUUAAAACAAAUCUAACAUUUAAUUUAAGCAUGAUUACAGAACGUUAGGGAAAUGUGUAAGCAGAGAAUGUUGAUGACAUUGUUCAUUAACAUUCUCUGGUGUAAGGUAGCAGAUAAUGUAAAUAUAUUACAAUAUAAUUUUUUUAUUAUAAUAUACGUUCUCUGAGGGUAGGACUAGCGAAAACAAAUAUUGAAGCAAAAAAACAAAAACUAGAAAAAAUCGUUUGUUGUUCUUAUUUUGCAAAGAAAUAUAUCCCAAAAAAGCCUUUUACUAUUUUCAUGACCCUAUGAAAAUUAAAAAGUUAGAAUUUUUUAACGAUACAAUUUUAGCCUUCUUGAAUGUAGGUUGUUG